ACGCCUUCACCUCGAAGCUCUCCGUUCGCAUGAAGGACGGACCGGACUUUGUGGCCACCAACUUCACCUUCUACGACUGCUCCUCGUACACGUCCUGCACCAAGUGCGUCUCCAGUCUCUUUCCCUGCGACUGGUGCGUCGGCGGGCACCGCUGUACGCAUGACACCGGCGAGAACUGCCGCAAUGAGAUACUGGUCACCGGCAUCAAGUCGGUCGGACCGAGCAUCCGCUCCGGUCCCAGCUUCUGUCCGCGCAUCAACUCUACCACUGGCGGCUCAACUGAAGUGCUGGUCUCCUCUGGUUCCUCCGCCGUGAUCUCCGUUCGCGUGUUCAACAUUCCCCAGGCAGUGUCGAUUCACUUCGUCUGCCAGUUCAACAUUGAAGGGCGCAUCAGCCUAGUCAAUGCCAACCUCCUCACCGACACCAUCUACUGCAAGGAGAAAAACUUCAGCUACGUGACCAACCAGACGAGCAUCAUCGUGCCGAUGGCGGUCAUCUGGGAGGACAACAAGCCGCUGGACAACACCGACAACAUUCACGUGCGAGUAUAUCGCUGCGCCGGCCUGGCCAACAACUGCGGCGCCUGUCUGGAGCUGGACGAGCGGUACAACUGCGGCUGGUGCCAACAGCGGAACCGCCUCACCAAUGAGCUCCACGAGAGCUGCGAGGUGGCCAGUCAGUGCACCAGCCCCGGCUCCAGCUGGCUGAACCGCCAGCAGAUCUGCCCCAACCCCCGGAUCCUCAACUUCUACCCGCGCUCGGGCCCGCUGGAGGGCGGCACCAAUCUGACGAUAGAGGGCAUCAACCUGGGCCGCACCUUUGAAGACAUCGAGAAGGGCGUCGGCAUUGCCCACGAGCUGAAUGGCAAGCACGUCAACACCAUUCCCUGCUAUCCCUUUCCGGAGGAGUACGUCAAGACGACCCGCAUCAAGUGUCGCAUUCAGUCGCCGCGCAAUGUUUCUCUUUCUACUCACCAAUUUGGCUCUCUGGUUGGACCCGUAGAAGUUCGCGUUCAAACGGAGUUCACCGCCCGCUCCCGGGACGUGUACACCUUCGUCAACCCUAAGAUCCUCACCAUCAACCCGAGCAAGGGCCCCGUUUCCGGGGGAACGCUGCUCUCCAUCGAGGGCCUCAACAUGAACGCCGGCUCAAGGGCGGAGGCCUUUCUCGGCAGCCUGCCCUGUAAUGUCACGAAGAGAACCCUAAAUCACGCCGAGUGCAUCACCAGCGCCCGCGAGACGCCCGGCGACGAGCAGCUCAUCAUCAUGUUUGACAGCGGCCAACGGACCUUUGACUACUACCGCUUCCUCUACGUGAAAGACCCGGUGGUGACCGCCGUCGAGUCGGGCCCGACGGGCAUUUGGAAAUCAAUCGCCCGGGGCAUUCCCAACGGCGGCAUUCUCAUCACCGUCCGCGGGGAGAACCUGAACAUCAUCCAGCGGCCGCAAAUGUACGUCGAGGUGGAGGGCGAGCUGUACGUGAGCAACUGCACCGCCACGGCCGUCACCGGGACGGAGAUGCGCUGCGAGUCUCCGUACGUUUCCGUCGACCAACUCGACUUUGCCUGGACGGACAAGGACUACCUCGAACUGGAGUACGGCUUCAUCAUGGACGGCGUGGCGAAAGUGCGCAACCUCAGCACCCGCACCGAGCGGCCCUUUCCCAAAUUUCGCAUGUACCGCAACCCGGAGUUUCAGCUCUUCUCCGACCCGCAGCAGAUCAAGUACUACCGCAGCGAGUACCUCACCAUCAAUGCUCGCCACAUGGAGGGCAUCACCUCUGAGGACCUAAACGUGUGGAUCGGCGCCGAACUCUGCAACAUCACCGCUCUCUCUCCCAUUCAACUGACCUGCCGCCUGCCCGCCGAACGACCGAUGGCCGAGGAGGAGAACUACAGCGGCCUCACCUGGGACCGCCUGCCGGCCGUGGUGGUCGGCGUCGGCCGCCGCAUGAACAUCACCCUCGGACUGCUCAGCUACGACGAAUCCAGUGGCGUCUCCAUCUGGAACAUCCCCACCACCGAGGUGUACAAGCACGUUUUCAUCGUCAUCGUCGUCGGCAUCUGCGUCCUCUUCGUCGUCGUCGUCGUCAUUCUCAUUCUCUACCGGCGCAAGUCGACGGAGUCGUCGCGAGUCCUCAAGACUAUGCAGGAGCAGAUGGACGUGCUCGAGUUGCGCGUCGCCUCCGAGGCAAAGGAGGCCUUUGCCGAGCUGCAGACGGAGAUCACCGACAUCACCGCGGAGAUCAACGUCGGCGGCAUUCCCUUCCUUGACUACCGCCUCUACACGCUGAAGGUGCUCUUUCCGAACGCCGAAGACCACGCCGUCCUCCAGGACCUCGCCCUGGAGCCUAGCGAGCGCCAGCAGGUGGAGAAAGCCCUCCAACUCUUUGGUCAACUAAUAAUGAACAAGACCUUCCUCCUGCUGUUCAUUCGCACACUGGAGUCAAAUCGGUACUUUUCGAUGCGCGACCGCGUCAACGUAGCCUCGCUGAUCAUGGUCACGCUACAGGGCAAGAUGGAGUACUGCACUGGCAUUCUCAAAACGCUCCUCGCCGAGCUGAUUGAAAAGUGCAUGGAGGGCAAAUCGCACCCGAAGCUGCUCCUCCGGCGGACGGAGUCCGUCGCCGAGAAGAUGCUCUCUAGCUGGUUCACCUUCCUUCUCUACAAGUUCCUGAAGGAGUGCGCCGGCGACCCGCUCUACCUGCUCUACUUCGCCAUCAAGCACCAGGUGGAGAAGGGUCCGGUGGAUGAGAUCACCUCCGAGGCGCGGUACUCCCUCAGCGAGGAAAAGCUAAUUCGCCAGCAGAUCGACUACAAGCCGAUGACCAUCAACGUGGCCAUACCGAACGCCUUCGGGCCCAGUCUCCUGCCCACCUCGGAGUACUUUGAGGCGCCGGUGAAGGUGCUCGACUGCGACACCAUCGCCCAGGUGAAGGAGAAGUGCCUGGACGUCAUCUACCGCGGGGUGCCCUUCUCCCAGCGGCCCUUCCGCGAGGACGAACUCGACCUGGAGUGGCGCACCGGGACCACCGGCAAACUGACGCUUCAGAAUGAGGACCAGACGUGUCGAGUGGCGGGCGAGUGGCGGCGGACAAACACCCUCGCCCACUACAAGGUGCCCGACAAUGCGCAGUUCAUUCUCAACCCGAACGCAAAACUGUACAACUCCAUCGACUACAUGACCAUUGGAGGUGGUGGGAUUGGGGGUGGACACCGCUACGAGCCGUUGCACCACUUCAAGGGCCUCACCAGCUCCAACUCGCCUCCCUCCUCGCUCAGCCGGCCCACCUCCCCGCAAAAUGAGAACGGCGGCUACCACCAGCGAAUGUGGCACCUGGUGAAGCACCACGAUAAUGACCACCACGGCAAGGAGAACGACCGCGGCUCGAAGAUGGUCUCCGAGAUUUACCUCACCCGCCUGCUGGCCACCAAGGGCACGCUGCAGAAGUACGUCGACGACCUCUUUGAAACGAUCUUCUCCACAAGGGACGUCAACCGCGGCUCCUCCCUCCCGCUGGCCAUCAAGUACAUGUUCGACUUUCUCGACGACCAGGCCACCCACCACGGCAUCCACGACUCCGAGGUGGUGCACACCUGGAAGUCGAACAGCCUGCCCCUUCGCUUCUGGGUCAAUCUGAUCAAAAACCCCAACUUUGUCUUUGACAUUAACAAGUCUAACACCGUCGACUCGUGCCUCUCCGUGGUGGCGCAGACCUUCAUGGACGCCUGCUCCACCUCUGAUCACCGCCUGGGCAAGGACUCCCCGUCGAGUAAACUGCUCUACGCCAAAGACAUUCCCAUCUACAAAGAGUGGGUGGAGCGGUACUACAAGGAGAUCGAGACGAUGCCCUCCAUCAGUGAUCAGGACAUGAACGCCAUGCUGGCGGAGGAGUCACGGCAACACGCUCAUGAAUUCAACACCAACGUUGCUCUACACGAGCUGUACAAGUAUGCCCACAAGUACAAAGAACAGCUUCUUCAAACACUGAACGACGACGAGUUUUCCGUUAAGAACAGCCUUCAGCAGAAACUGGAACGUGUCUACGAGACAAUGUCUGGCAAGACUUUUGAUGGGAUCUAG